CAAAAAGGGAGAACCGGCCACAGUCACUGUACUCGUUUCCCAUCUCGCUCUCAGGACUGAAGGCAGCCGCAGGUGGAAGACCACCACAAAGGGGGAGCUUUCGGCCGCAGCCCAACACUGAGGGUCUGGCAGUGGCCCCCAUGGGGUCUGCGAACUCCCGAGGUCACAAGGCGGAAGCCCAGGUGGUGAUGAUAGGCCUGGACUUGGCCGGCAAGACCACGCUCCUGUACAAACUGAAGGGCCACCAGCUGGUGGAGACCCUGCCCACCGUGGGUUUCAACGUGGAGCCUCUCGAAGCCCCUGGGCACGUGCCUCUGACCCUCUGGGAUGUCGGGGGGCAGAGCCAGCUCAGGGCCAGCUGGAAGGACUACCUGGAGGGCACGGACGUCCUCAUGUACGUGCUGGACAGCACAGACGAAGCCCGCUUGCCCGAGGCGGUGGCUGAGCUCACCGAGGCCCUGGACGACCCCCACCUGGCCAGCGUGCCCCUCCUGGUGCUGGCCAACAAGCAGGAGGCACCCCACGCCCUGCCGCUGCCUGAGAUCAGAGACAGGCUGGGCUUGCACAGGUUACAGGGGCGCUGCUGGGAGCUGCAGGGCUGUAGCGCCCUCACCGGAGAGGGGCUGCCCGAGGCCCUGGAGAGCCUGAGGCGCCUCCUGAAAUCCCGCAACCACUGUAACUCCAGGUCAGCACAGGGGGCGGGCUGUGGGGAGAGCCGGAAGCCUUGACCCAGGCAGAGCAGCCUGUCUUCUUCGCUCAUGUGGAUUGGAAGACCAGCUAAUCCUGGAGAAUCUCAAAUUCAGUUUAUCAAACAAGGAAUCCCCCUGCGCUCGGACAGCAUAUUUUCUUCUUGGGACUUAUUGUCACCGGUGUUUGUGUUGAAAAUCAACUAUUCUUUGAAUAAUGAUACUCUGAGGGAAAAAACA